AGAUAGGCAUUCUGUAGAGAUCUGUUGCCAUGGUGUCGAUGAGUUAUUUUUGAUAGGUCACCAUUUUUUUUCACACAAUAGGAAUUCCAUAAUGGAGAUGCACUGAUCUUCUGUCCUAUUCAAAGACUUCAGAACAACACUGCAGUAGACAAAAGCUCACACAAGAGCUGGUCAGAUAUAGCUAAGUAUUUUUCAGUCAACAAUCACUGCUGCUACUUAACAAGACCUGUUGAUUUUGUAGGCUUAGGACUAUUGUGACAUCAAGCUGUAGCUAAAAUCAGUCCAAUGCAACAAGAGUUUCAAGAACAUCAGCACAAAAAUGAUGUCUUAACUGAAUAGGCAAGACAUAUCUUUUCAAGAAAGCCUCUUAAUUCUUGGAGUAGAAGAUUCUCUUCAAGAUGACAAGUGGUGCACACCCUUCAGGAUCUUUUGUGCCCUCAAAAAGCUCCAAAAUAGACAACUACUUGAAGGAACUAAGUGAGGACUUAAGGAUAAGGAAGCAGGAACUUCUGGAGAUGCUAAAGCCUCUAGAAGACAAGAACAGCCUCUUAUUCCAGAAGUUAAUGUCUAACUUGGAGGAAAAGCAAAGAAGCCUGCAGAUCAUGAGGCAGAUCAUGGCAGGGAAGGAGUGUGAUGAAUCCUCAGUCGUGGAGCUCAUUCAGGAAGCAGAGGAGAUGAAACAGAACCUGGAAAGGAAAAACAAGAUGCUUCGGAAGGAAAUGGAGAUGCUAUGGAACAAGGCCUUUGAGACAGAAGAACUUCGUGAUCAACAAAAAGCACCACAGAUAAAAACCACAGCAGACUUGCAGGAUAGAAAGGAAAAGAAACAGAGGAAAAUGGAAUGGGUCAAGUAUCAGGAACAAGCCAACACCCUUCAGAAUGACUUUCAUGGAAAAGUGAUUGAAUUGAGAAUUGAUGCCUUGAAGAACUAUCAGAAGGCUAGUGACCUGAAAUUAUCACUGUACUUACAGCAGAAUUUUGAGCCAAAGCAAGCAUUAUUAAAUCUUCCAAGGUCCCAAGGUACUAUGGAUACCACAACUAUGGGCAAAACAACUUCUGAUAGAAAUAAACCAAAUGUGAGAAUUCUGGAAUCAAAAACUUGCACAGAACAGCAAGGAGCUAAAGAAAGUCAGUGUGAUGAUAUACGAGGGAGACUCCUUUUGCUGAGGUCCCUGUCAGAAGAAACUCAGAAGGAUUAGAAGGCUUUUACUCCAUUUGCUUUGGACAGAUUUAAAGACUAGGCACAGACAUUUGUGUUCAUUAAAAUCUCUCAAACCUU